AUGGAUAAUAUUGAUGUCUCCAAUCCAGCCAAACAAUCAAACCCUUCCCUUGCCUCUACUCCUUCAUUCUCACAGCUCCCUCGCCGCUUCCUAAGGAAGCUUUCUUCUGUUCAGAUCCUCCAAAAGACCUCUCUAAAGGCGGUGGCUGGAACCUCCAAGCCCAACCCCCGUCAGCACCAGCAGUAUACGGUGUCUUCUCCGCCCCCUUUACCAUCGGGUCCUAUUAGCUUGCAGAAUCCGAUGAGAUAUGAGUUUUCCAAGAACAAACCUCUUCCUUUCAUCCCAAUUACUGAAAGCGAGGGCAGCACUUCCAGCCCAGACACCAUGGGACCAACGCGUAUCCCAAAAUCUAUUGGUACAAAGGGCUGUGGUCACGAUGAUACUGUUCACCCCGUCACACCUCGUUUGUUGACCCCUAAGAUGGGGGAGAAAGAGCAUACUAUGCCGGUACCAGUACGGCCCGUGGAUCCUCUCCCUAAUAGAGCAGGUCGGCAAAUUACAAAUCUUCCAAGGUCCCGUACAAUGGGCAUGUUAUCAAACCUUACUUCAACUUUCUCGCUCUCCAAUAUGAGCUCGAGUUGCAGCAAAGGUCACGACUGUUUGCCGUCCAUUAUACAACCUACCUCUUCUACACCUUCAAGUAUCCGCCUACCUAAGGUCAAGGCCUUUGCUAGCACCAACAAUCUCAUCCCCCUUACAACAGCAGUCGCUAGUAUUACUACUCCAACUGCGCUUGCUGGGACAAGCUGCGAACCUUCACUAGCAGCUACGACCCCACGAAACCCAAAUGAACACCACCAAGCAAUGCCACCCUCAUAUUGGGCAGGCCGCUUGCAGGGUAUACACGACAGACUUGGCAAUGAGAUGCUACAAGAGACGAUCGACAACUUUCGCGACAAGGUGUCCCUGACAGCUCCCAAAUGUCUUCAAGAGGAGUUGGAUAAUCGCUAUCGCCAGGCAUUCAAGGAGUUGCAAGAGCUAUGUAUCACCAAAGAAGCCAAGAAGAGUUUGUACGACUUUCAGCAAGCCUAUGCUAGAAGGCUGAAUAUGCCCCUCCUACUACAUAUCGGUGGCCACAUGAAGGAUGGAUGGAAAGUUAAAAAGGAAGCUCAAAAAGGAGGCUCAAAAAGGAGCUCAAAUGAAUGCUCACAAGCUUCAUUACAAAGACUGUCCAAGGCAUGGAAGUAA